AUGAAGAGCAUUCCACGAGCAUCAUCAUCUACAGCUGUUGAGAAUGGAAGUAAUGGUGAUACUGAUACAAUUUCAAUUCUCAUAGUUAUAAUAGACCAGGACUCUGAUCAAGAUGCAACUGUGGUGGAGAUAACCUUUGGUGAUUGGCUUGGAGCUCUUCUCGACACGAUGAAUGCUCUGAAAAACCUGGGGUUGAAUGUUUUCAAGGCAAAUGUCUUUUUGAAUUCUUCUGGAAAACACAACAGAAUUUCCAUCACAAAAGCAGAUACUGGAAGAAAGGUAGAUGAUCUAGAGUGGCUCGAGAUUAAGUUGGUGGCUCAAGAAUCAAGUGCUCCGUUAGCAAUAGGAGCAACCUUUGGAGUCGUGCCACCGCAACAACAAAUCCUUUUGGACAUAAAAACCAACAGUGUUAUCAUUUCUCAAGUUGAUGUGGACAUUGCCACAUACAUCAACAUACAAGAUGAUGGUCCUAAUCAAAGCUUACUGUAUGUAGAGACAACUGAUCAACCAGAAUUAUUGGUGGAUCUUGUGAAGAGUAUUACCAACAUAAAUAUCGCAGUUGAAUAUGGAGAGCUUCUUUCUAAGAGGAAUAAGAGAGGUUUUAGCGAUCUGGAAGACGAUGAAGAUGACUUCUUUGGCUCCAAAAAGAAAAGUGAUAAUCUAGAAUCAGCAGGUGCAGGUCUUUUUGCUUCUACCAAAAAGAAUAGCAUAGAAUUAUAA